AUGGCUGACGGUGCGACAGGCAAGGCCGCAGGCAAGGGCCGAGGACCUCCGCCUCCGCCUCCGCCUCCCUCCGGCAAGGCCGCCUCGAAGGGAUCCAAGCACGCGGGGAGCGGUGCACCCGAGUCCAUCCAGAUCUUAGCAGUUCUUAUGGACGGUCGGGAGUUCUCCUUGCAGAUCGAGUGCGAGGGUCGCGUGGAGGGCCUCCGGAUGUCUCUGGGCACACGGCUGGGCAUCAGCUCGCAUCGAGUGAAGCUAGCUUUGGGGGCCGAGGUUCUGAAGAACGAGUCGACUGCCAGGGCCUGCGGCCUUUCGGACGGCUGCGUUGUGAACGUGGUGAUCUUGCCGCCGCUGUACGGCACCCUGGGGCGUGCAGGAGUGGCCGCACCCGGGGAGGUCGUUGCUGCGAAGAUGGAGCUUCAUGAUGCGCUGGCUCAGGUGAUGUUCGCCCUGCCGAAGACCGACUUCACGGAGCUUGCAACUGCGCAGUUCGAAGUCUACCAUUGGAACCUGGAGCCCGUCCGCGUCCAGCGGGCCGCUCGGGCGCUGCGGGGCACGGUUACGGGUGCUUUCGGGCUGCUUCAGGGCAGGAGGUGCGGCCAGAGCGGCGAUGCUCGCGCAUAUCGCGGACCACACUUCCUGUUCGUGCCAAUCAAUCGCAUAGACAACCACGUGUGCAAGUACUUGUCAGAAUUGGUCGGAUGUGCACAGAAACAGACAGCCCUACUUGUAGGACAAGGGGAUUGGGCCCUCCGGCGGAUGGCGUCCGAGCCGCUUGACAGGGCAGAGCUUCCGGAUGAGCGCCUGCAAGAAGCGGUCCGGCUGCUGCUGAAAGGCCGCGACCUGGCUGGGACCUCCUUGAAAGAGGUGCGAGCCGACUUGGAGAAGAAGUUCAACCUAAGUGCCGGCAGCCUCGACAGCAGGAGGGAAAAGGUGAAGCAGUUCGUCGCGGAGGAGAUCUCUCGGAUCCAGGCUGGCGAGGCCGAGGAGGCCGAGGAGGCCGGCGAGGAGGCCCAGGAGGAUGGAGAGGCGCAGGAGGAGGAAGAGGCCAAAGAGCCCCCAAAGGCGUCGAAGCCGCGCGGUUCCAAGCGCGGCAAGGAGGCGAAAGCGUCGCCGCCAGACGCCAAGCGGGCAAAAGGAACCGCAGAGGAUCCGCCGCGAAGAUCCACAAGCGGUGAAGGCAAGGGCAAGGGGAAGAUCAAAGACCGCCAGAGCUCCAGCAUGACUCGAGAGGAGUUCAUGGCGAAGGCCAAACCCAUCACCGUGACCAUCGGAGACAAGACAUUCAAGGCGGCGCCGAAGCUCUUCUCCACGGGCAGCUGUGGCUUCAUGGCCAGCACGAAGGUCCCCGUGGAGGUGGGCGGUCAGUCCCUUGUGCUGCAGUGCGGCUUGAACUUGCCAGUGAUCGGAUCCAAGGAGUGGAGCGACUAG